AUGGUCCGUCGAAAAAGUUUAAAAGUGCAGGAAAUGGAAUCUCGACUUGCUGAAGCAGUAUUAGGAGUUCAAAAUGGAAAGUAUAAGUCUUCAUAUGAAGCUGCAAAAGAACUGGGGCUUUCUAAAGAUACUGUGACGCGACGCGUCAAAGGGGGUUCAUCGCGUUCUGAAAUAAAGCAAUUGACAAUUAGCGGUUAUUCACCAAGCCAUCAAUUGUUAAAAGAAUUGGCUGAGGAGUUACGUUCAAAACGGACUUAUAAUUUGGAUUGCCCCUUAUUUGACUCUCUUGAACUCCCACCACAACACCUUCUUGAUCAUGAAUGGGUUCCACGAUUUAUCAAACGACAUCCUCAUCUUACAGUUGUUAUUGGCCGUCGAAUUGAAUCUGAUUAUGGAAUUGAGAAGAAAGACAAAUACAAUAUGGAUGAAUCUGGAUAUUCAAUUGGGACAAUGGAAUCAACCCGAAUUAUUAUCGAUUCUACACUUUGUACAAAACAUCAAGCAUAUCCAGGCCGUCAAGAGUGGAUUUCAAUAGUAGAGUGUAUUUGUGCGGAUGGAUUCAUUCUUCCACCACUCGAGAUUUUUAAAGGUAAAAACGUUCUUCAAAAUUGGAUUCCGAAGGAAGUUCUUGGUAGCUGGUUCUUUUCAGCAAAUACAAAGGGCUGGACAAGCAAUCUUCAUGGAUUAGAAUGGUUAAAACGUGUUUUCGAACCUACAACUCGUGCAAAAGCAGAUGGCAAAUAUCGGCUUCUCAUCUGCGAUAGCCACGAUUCUUAUAUUAGUGGAAGCUUUAUAGCUCACUACCUUCAAAAUCGAAUUGUACUUCUUAUACUUCCUCCUCAUACCUCGCAUUUGCUUCAGCCACUUGAUGUUGCGGUUUUCGGUCCAUUGAAAAAACGGCUCACCGCAGCACUUUCUGAUUUGAAUCAAGCUCAACUUAUACAAAUACAAAAGAUUAAAUGGAUGGAGGCAUAUAUUAAAGCUCGAGCCGAUAGAGUGUUCCAUAUACUGGGUCGAGAGUUUACCCCCGAAGUCGAAAUAUCCAAAGAACCAACUCAAUUUGAUAUUUUUAAUCAAGUCUUCGUCAAUAGCUCACCCCCGGAUGUAGCAAUCUUACAAACAGCAAAUAACCUUUUAAAUUCAACAAUUGAAAAUGAUACAACUCUUUCAACCCCGGUUCGUCAAUACAUUCGAAAAUUGACGAUUGGGAGUGAGCAACUUCGAGCUCAAAGUAUUGUUCACCAACACGAUGCGAAUAAUUUACGAGCUAUUAUGAAGAAACGUACGAUACAUAAGAAAGGAAAGAGAUUAGUUUUGAAGGGUCAUUUUCAUAUUUCUAUGCAAGAAUUAUGUGAUGUAGUAAUGGAAGCCGAAAAAGCUACUAAAGUACAGAUAAUGAAAAAAGGAAAAGGGAAAGGGAAAGUAAUUGAAUAUAAGACUGAAACUGAAGAGGAUAUUGGAGAAGAAGUUGAAGAUGAAUCUGAAAGUGAUAUUGGAGAUUGUAUUAUAGUUGAUUGUUGA